CGCUCCAUCCGCCAGUAUCUCCAUGAAGAAGAACAAAGAAAUCCUGAAAACACUCGUGUCUGUUUAUGUAUACAGGUCAGCAAGUCGCUUAAAAUACUGGUUCAUUCGAGCUUUGUACAGACAUGGAAAGGUUAGUUCUGGAUGCCAUGUAUGUUCCUACGAACACCUUGAGCAUUUAUGAUAUAUUAGAAGAAAACCAAUUUAACCAGCGGAUCGUGUUUCCAUGAAUAUGUUUGACCUAAAGUGCGAAAGCUCCUCAGGUGAAGAGGAAGAAGAGACGGAGGGAGGAGAGCCCAGUUUAGCAGCACAGAUAUCCAGGUGUGCGAAUGUGUCCUCAGCGGAUUUAGACGAAUUAGAACACAACCGAAACGAAUCGAGUACUGUAAAGCAAACAAUAUGGGCUGUGAACUGUUUUAAAGCCUGGCUGCGCGAGAAGCAGCUGACAAUCGACUUUAAAACCGCCGAAAAGUCGGAGCUGAACCCGGUGCUGCGCGAGUUUUAUGGAUCUAUUCGGACGAGCAAGGGAGAGUUGUACGGUAUCAGCAGCUAUGUCGGGCUUCGGGCUGGGUUGAAUCGCUUCAUCAACGACCCUCCCCUCAACCGCGCGUGGAAUCUGAUGCAGGACGCCGAAUUCAGGUCCGCCAACAAUGUUUUUAAAGGGGUUGUUAAGCAGAUGCGACGCUCCGGUAGGGAUAUAACCGCACAUUACCCUCCGAUUUCACUCGAAGACCAGCACAUGCUGAAGCAUUCUACUGCACUGGACCCUGGCAACCCAAAAGGCUUGUUAAAUAAGGUGUGGUAUGACAUACAAUUACAUUUCGGACUCCGGGGUAAGGAGGGGAACCGACACCUGCAGCCAAACGCGUUUGUUUUGAACCGAGACCAAAACGGAUUCAAAUACUUCACGAUGACAUUAAACGAGGACAUGAAAAACCUGCAGGAAAGGGAAGGCAAGAAGAAACGAAAGGCUAUGUAUGAAGAGCCUGGCAAUCCGCUGUGUCCGGUUGCCUCUCUGGAGAAAUAUUUGAGCAAAAUUCCCGCCGACGCAAAAGCGCUUUACCUGCAGCCCAAAAGGACGUAUUUUACCAGCGAUGAGAUCUGGUACACUGCAGUUCCUUUGGGAGUCAAUUAUCUGUCCCAAAUGCUGCCCAAAAUAUGCAAAGAGGCCGGCACGAGAACCAUCUACACCAAUCACAGUCUGAGGCUCACUUCAAUACAACGAAUGAACGAAACGAGGGAGAUCAUGGCGGUAUGUUUGCACAGCGUUCCGGUUGAGAUUAGCACUCAGUGGCAGCAGGAAUCUGUUCCAUAUUCCCCCAGCAGUGAACUCGACUCCAGCUCAGCGAAACAAGAGAGUCCUGUGAGCAGCCACAGUUGGGUGAAACAGGAACCGGAGCCUGAAGUAAUCCAGCAGGAAAACAUGAAUUCAGAGGCCGCCACUGAUGCUGAACAGGACAAAUCUCUGAGCAGUGCUGUUGCCACAGCGGAACCUCCAAUGGAGGGUUUACCCAGCAGUGUUGUGCUGACCAUCACCAAACUUCAGUGCCUACUGGAGAGCAAACAGGAGAGGAUUGAUGCUCUGGAGAGGCAGGUGCAGGACCUACAAGAGGAUCGCAAGUUCCUCCGCUCUCAGAUCGAGAACCUCACUGGCGCUCGCUUGGUUUCAGUGCCUGAAGUUCCUAAAGCGAGCACAUCAGUGUUCUCAGAGCCCAGGUCACGUAAAAGGCGGCGUAAGUGCUCGUCCAGCUCAUCUGCCAAUAAUGAGAGCUUCACUGAUGAAUCCAGCAGCACUUCUUCAUCUGAAGAGUCCAGCAGCGUCAGGAAAAAGAGACGCCACAAGAAGAAAGGGAAGAGAGGGUGUGUUUCCCAGCGUGACUAGGUCUUGAUCUGCCUUCAUCGAGAAGAAGAGCAUGAGUAGGGCUUUCCGUCCAAAUCUGUCACUAAGGUUCACAGGGCCCGGGACAAUUUUUAUGAGUCAGCCUCCAUGUGCCCAGGAGUACAGUAGGCUAUACUGUAAAGGACCUUCUUUGGGCUCUCCAUCUUAUGGCCUGGUUGACCCUCCCUGACAGUGUCCCAAAUACGGCCCUCAUCGCAGAACUGCACCUGGUUGCAUAAGUCUGUUCCUCUGGUGGUUCAGGCCUUGUGAGGAAACACUCUCAGCUAUGCCCAGCAGUGUGUCGUCUCUGCAGAGCUGUUCAGUUUGUAAUUCUACAUCCCGGAAAAGACUUGAGAUUUCUGAGCCUUGAUCUAGUGGGUUGGUGGUUUAUGGGUAUAUAUGAGUUUUCUUUGUUGCUAUUAAGUUGCUAUUAAGGACUACAGUGAUUUGUCAUACGUAAUUCUAAAACAUGUAUACAAAGAUUUCAGAUGUCAUUUGAAAACUGCUACUCUGAAAACCAUUUGGAGAACCUUAAGACUAUGGUGAACUAGUCUUCCAGGUUGGCCUACAAUAUCACAACUGAACUGCUGUUUUAUAAUGAUGGAGCGGGUGAAAGCUUCUGAGAACGGCUGCCUAGUACUGCUGAACAAACAUUCUCCAUGUUUGCACACUAGAGGGCGCUCUGAGACUAUUGCAAAGUGGAAAUGAGAGGCAUUGGGUCUUGGAAGGAAAUAAAAAUAGCGGGUGACAUUAAAACAUGUGUUAUGCAUAUGAUGAUAUAUCUCUUUACCCACAAGUUUUAUCACACGAGUUACUGUGCGUACAUCUCUUAGAAGUUUUAAGUAGUUUGUGUAAUAAAUGCACAGAUCUCUUAGAACUGUGCUUUUUUUAUCUUAAGUUGCACAUAUUGUUGCAUACAGUAGCUGAGUGAAAUAGAUCAUCCGGUCAUGUAUGUGUUUUUGUGUUCUUCACAUAAACUCUACCAAGAUUUUAUUCUCACACAGUUCCAUCACAUUCCUUUAUGUCAGGGUAAUUUAAAUCUGGCCCUUGAGGUCCGCUGUCCUGCGAGAGUUUAGCUCCAACCCUAAUGAAACACACCUGAACAAGGUCAUCAAGGUCUUUAGGGUUAUUAGAAAAUUGCAGGCUUGUGAGUCGGAUCAGGUUUGGAGCUGAUCUCUGCAGGACGGGCCCUCAAAAGCCAGAGUUGAAGAACACUACUUGUGAUUUGUUUUGUUUAAAAUGUUUGUUUUUCAUUCUGUGGUUUUGAAAUGUCUGCAGAGUUGUUUAACAAUUAAAGGUGCUGCAAGUGAUUUUAA